CUUGGCGAUACAAACGCACGCAAUCCUAAGGGGAAGAAGGCACUGUUACACCUAGACUAUUGUUCAGGUAUUUUUCAUCUUCUGAGUUUUUAGGGUUAGGGUUUUUCUCCUUUCUCUUUCUGAUUUCCUCUCUGCUUAAGCUAGGAAGAAAGAGGGGGAAUGUCGUACUUGCUGCCACAUCUGCACUCAGGAUGGGCUGUAGAUCAGGCCAUCCUCGCUGAAGAAGAGCGUCUAGUUGUCAUUCGAUUUGGCCAUGAUUGGGACGAAACAUGCAUGCAGAUGGAUGAAGUGCUGGCUUCGGUUGCUGAGACCAUAAAGAACUUUGCUGUGAUAUACCUGGUGGACAUCACAGAGGUGCCCGACUUCAAUACAAUGUAUGAGCUGUACGACCCAUCUACCGUCAUGUUCUUUUUCAGGAACAAACACAUAAUGAUCGAUCUUGGCACCGGAAACAACAAUAAGAUCAACUGGGCAAUGAAGGACAAGCAGGAGUUUAUUGACAUUGUUGAAACAAUCUAUCGAGGGGCUAGGAAGGGUCGUGGGCUGGUAAUUGCCCCCAAAGACUAUUCCACCAAGUACCGUUACUGAGCCCUCUCAGGACGAUUUGUGGACUUGAUUUCUAAACAACCCAUUAUGCAACUUGUGUGCUAAGCACCUGCAGUUUGGAACUUUAUGACUCAUAACUGACUUUGAUGAAUUGGCUUGUUAUUAUAUUUCUAAUACAAUCAUGUUAUCGUCACUGUUGAUGA